AAUCAGAAACUCUCAUUGUUAGUAUUCAUUUGUUUUUUCGCACCAAAAUGGGUUCAGAAUAGUAGACCCGUUCCUUUCAUUUCGUAUAGGAUCUAAGAAACUGUACAUUUUCCGUCACUCUCUCGGGAAAAUGUGAAACUUUUCCCAGUUAUCUCCCUAGUUAGCAAUUAUCAGGUUCCUUUUUCUCUCUUUCGAAAUUUGAUCGUGUUUUCUAGUUUAUCUCAUUGCUAUUCAAGCCCCGGUCGUGUCGAGAAUGGGCGUUGACUUUGGGGAAAAUGGCAAUUCACGUCCUUGAUGACCUGCAAGAUUUGAACUUUAGGGUUAGGGUUUGCGAAUUCUUCAGCAUCAGGGAUUUGGGUCGAUUGGGUUUUUGAUAAAUUACAGAAUUUUAAAUAGUUUCUGGUUGAAUUUGGAUAUCGGGUGUGCGUUUUUCUUGGUCGUGCUUCGAAUUUGUUAAUGGAUACGGAUGCUAAGGAUGCUACUAAUGGCUGUAAAACUGAGAAGUCGGAGACCACAGACUCUCAAAGAGUUGAGGAAAAUGUUAAUGGAGAUGAAGAUAGUGAGUCUAAUUCUUUGUUGCCGCCUCGGAGAGGCGGUAUGUCAAGGAAAACGAAUAAAACCCGACGAAAAGUGCAGUGGAAUGAUAAGAAUGGGAAUAAGCUUGUUGAGGUGUUGGAAUUCGAACCAAGCGAUGUUAGUGAUUCUGAUGAUGAAGAUGCAGAUUCUUGCAUAUGUAUUAUUAUGUAGAUAUCAUUCAGUACACGAAUUAUCAGGGUACAUUUGCUGGAUCAAUUAGGCAAUUUCUCCAAGUGGAUUUUGAUGCUUUUUAUACAAACUGGCUCUGUUUUAACCUACCGUGUCAAGGAUGGACCAAAGGUCCUGAGACCAAGGCAAGGCAGUCUCCCACGUCUUGCAUCUAAGUCUAGUACGAUUUUUUUUUUUUUUGGUUAACUUGCUGUGAGCUCUCUUACAACCAGAUGCAAACUGAGUGGACCAUCAUCUUCCGGGAGUGAAAGCAGAUAAGGAUAACGGCAAUAUGGUUUCAUAUGUAAUAUAUUAAAUACAGUUGAGAUUUUGUAUGCUUUACAAGGCAUAUUUGUAUGUUGUAUGUAUUUAGAAUGACAGAAUACUUUGAUAAUCAUCCUGUUCAAUAAAAGGUACUUCAAUUCUGUU